AGAAUGUUACAAACGCUUGUUUACAGAUGCUGACAAAGUUAAACCCUCCCUCUAUUUGGAGAGUGCCAGCAUAUCCCAAAGAGGAUCAACUGUAGUGAUAGACUGUGAAUUCUCAGAGCUCCAUCCCGAGGCCUCAUGUGUCCUGGUCCUACAGAAAGUAUGGCAGUCCUCUCCUGACAUGGUGACAUUCCCCACUCUUUGAUUCCCCCCGUCUCUAUCACUGUGGACAGCCCUGAGACUAUAACAUUUGCACUGUUUGGGAAGAAUGGUGCAACUAGUUUGGAUGAAGAGCCACUGGUGUGUACUAAAUUCGGUGACUCUGAUAAAACAGACAGAGGGAGAAAGAAAGGAAAGCCAAUGUCCCAGGACCAGUUUGUUGCACUAUAUCCAUUGGUGGGUGUUUACAGUAUCAAAGCUAAACCCACAAUGGUUUAUCCUCCUCCAGGCACAGUAGUGGUGUGUGUUCUAGUAUGUGGCUCAGCAGUGGUAGUCCUGGUGAUGGUCAGACGGUAUUAUAACCGCAGCAAGUCCACCCAUGCAUCUGAUGCAGCAGGUCUCCAGACCAGAAAUGUGGUGUAUGAUGAGGUGGUUCUUUCCCCAACCUCAUCCUCUGUCAUUCCAACUGAACCCAACACAGCCUAUGUCACUCACCACCACAAUACCAACUGACCAGAAUGUAGCUUAUGCUGCGCAUUCAUCGUCAUAAUGUGGGAGUAAAGGAGCGGCUGGGAGGACAAGUACUGUAUCUAGGAUGAAUCAGCACACACAUUAACAGCUGUCCUAGGUGGGAUUGGAACCCAUGAAUGGCAUGGCAGCUCACCAGGCAGAGGCUCAAAUCUACCACAAAAUACAACACAAGGUAAAUGAAAACUUCCACAACUGUGCUA